AUGGGUUCAGGUCAUGAGAUUGUGAUAGCUUUCGAUUUAUACGGAACGCUGCUCUCGACGGAGAGUAUCGCGAAGGAACUGGCUGUCCAUUUUGGGAACGAAAAGGCAGCGAGUAUCGCUGCGUUAUGGCGGCGAUACCAGCUUGAGUAUACCUGGCGACUGAACAGCAUGAGUAAAACCCCCGUUCGGACCUCCGGAAGUCCAAAAAAAAAGGGAAAAAAUGCCACCUGCUCACGUCUACGAUUUGCAGACAUCUACAAGCCUUUCUCGGACAUCACGCACGCAUCACUCAAGCACGCUCUGGCCGAAUCCUCCUCCGCGACGCUUUCGGAUGAAGACAUCGCUCAGCUCAUGAAAGCCUACGAUUCCCUCGGGACGUUCCCGGACGUGGCGCCAGGCCUGCAGGCCAUCGCUGCCGAUGAUUCGAUCGCAGCUUAUGUCUUCUCCAACGGCACCGAUGCCAUGGUGGCCUCCUCCGUCCGCUCCUCCCCCUCCCUCUCUCCCCACGCUUCUGUGUUCAAGGAUUUGAUCACCGUCCAGGAAAUCGAGGCUUUUAAACCGGACCCGCAGGUGUAUGUUCAUCUGGCGAAGAGGGUUGGGAAGGAUUCUAGAGGGGAGAGGGGCGAGGUCUGGUUGGUGAGCGGGAACCCGUUUGAUGUUGUGGGCGCCCGGGCGGUCGGUAUGCAGGCUGCGUGGGUGGAUCGAGGGGGGAAGGGGUGGGUUGAUCAGUUGGGUGGGUUGGCUAGCGGCGGGCCGACGAUUGUGGUUGAUGGGGUGGAAGAUGCUGUCCGGGGGAUUCAGAGGUGGGUUGAGGAGAAUGGGAAGGAGAGGAUGUGA